AUGUCUCUGUGGCUACCUUUCCGAGCCAGAUGGAAGCUGGGGCAGAAGAACUCAUUGGGGGGCUCCUCACAGCUCCCCAAGCAGGACUACGAUGCCCUGAGGGAAGUGUGCCUGAUGGAAGGCCGCCUCUUUGAAGAUGACAGCUUCCCAGCCAGCCUGCACUCUGUGGGCAGUGGGCCUCUAUUGCGGAAGCUGCCACCAGGCCUGCAGUGGAAGAGGCCUCCGGAGCUGCACAGCAAUCCCCAGUUCUAUUCUCCUAAUGCCAAAAGGCUGGACCUGUGCCAGGGAGUGGUAGGUGACUGCUGGUUCUUGGCUGCUUUGCAAGCUCUGACUUUGCACCAGGACAUCCUGAGCCAGGUCGUUCCCCUGAAUCAGAAUUUCACUGAGAAGUAUGCUGGCAUUUUCCGGUUCUGGUUCUGGCAGUUUGGGAAGUGGGUUCCUGUGGUGAUAGAUGACCGACUUCCUGUGAAUGCAGCUGGCCAGCUGGUCUUUGUCUCUUCUAUCUACAAGAACUUGUUCUGGGGAGCUCUUCUGGAAAAGGCCUAUGCUAAACUCUCUGGCUCCUAUGAAGACUUGCACCGUGGACAGGUGUCUGAAGCACUUGUGGACUUCACUGGAGGAGUGACCAUGACCAUCAUUCCAGCAGAAGCCUCUGGCAACCUCUGGAACAUCCUAACCCGAGCUACCUGCAGCAGAACCCUCAUUGGCUGCCAGACCCACUCAGGGGAGAGGGUGCUGGAGAACGGGCUGGUGGGCGGCCAUGCCUAUACCCUCACAGGAAUCAGAAAGGUGACCUGCAAACAUGGACCAGAAUAUCUAGUCAAGCUGCGGAACCCCUGGGGCAAAGUGGAAUGGAAAGGAGACUGGAGUGACAGCUCAAGUACAUGGGAGCUACUGAGCCCCAAGGAGAAGAUUCUACUGCUGAGAAAAAGUGAUGAUGGAGAAUUCUGGAUGACACUGAAGGACUUUCAAGCACAUUUCAUGCUUCUGGUUAUCUGUAAGCUGACCCCAGGCCUGCUGAGUCAGGAGGUGGGCCAGAAGUGGGCAUGUACCACGCGGGAGGGGAAAUGGAAGAAGGGAAGCACAGCUGGUGGCCAGAUGAAGUUGCCCCGAGACACAUUCUGGAAGAACCCGCAGUUUCUGCUGUCUGUCUGGAACCCUCAGGAGAGCACGAGGUUCCUGAUGUCCUGCAACGUGCUGGUGUCCCUGCUCCAGAAGCCCAGGCAUAGGCAUCGCAACUGCAAGCCUCUCCUUGCCAUCGGCUUCUACCUCUUUCGAUUGAGCAAAUACUAUGGUGACCAGAAGAGACUGCCUCCUGAGUUCUUCUGGAAGAAUGCCCCCGUAAGUUGGCCUGAAGCAUUUCUCACAGAGAAAGAAGUGAGUCGGGAGCUGCAUCUGGAGCCAGGGACAUACCUCAUUGUGCCCUGCACCUCUGAGGCUGGCCAGGAGUCAGAGUUUGUCCUGAGAGUCUUCUCCAGGAAGCACAUCUUUCAUGAAAUUGGCUGCCACACCAGUGCUGUCUUCUCUAAGGAAAUAGUGGACCAAAAUGCAGGGCACGAUGAAUUCUUCACGAAACUCUUUGAGAAGUAUCCAGAAAUAAAUGCAAUGCAGCUGCAGAAGAUCCUGAACCACAUGACCUGGUCAAGUCUGGGGAGUGCCCAACCUCGCUUCAGCCUGGAUGCCUGCCAGGGAAUCCUGGCCCUGCUGGACCUUAAUGCGUCUGGUACUGUGAGCAUCCAGGAGUUCAGGGACCUGUGGAAGCAGCUUAUGCUCUGUCAGGAGGUUUUCCACAAGCACGACCAUAACCAGUCGGGGUAUCUGAACAGGACCCAGUUGCAGGCUGCCAUGAGGGAUGCAGGAAUCAUGCUCAGUGAUGACGUCUGCCAGCUGAUGCUGAUCCGCUACGGUGGCCCCAACCUCCAGAUAGACUUUGUCAGCUUCGUCCACUUGAUGCUGCGUGCAGAGAACAUGGAAGAUGCCUUCCAGAACUUAACCCAAGAUGGCAAAGGUAUAUACCUUCAGAAGCCAGAGUGGCUGAUGAUGACUCUGUACUCCUGA